AUGAGGCAAUCGAAGCACAUCGAAUUCAUUUGCAAGUACAUAGAGAAAUUCUCAAUAAUGCUACUAGAGGUACUUAGGAUGGACAAGGAUGACAAGUUUCAUUACUUCACCAAAAGAUUACAACGUGAGCUCAUAAUGAGUUUUACGACCAAAGGGUGCAAGACAUCCAUGCAGUCAUGA